CCUCACCCUGCGUUACUUUAUCGCAUUCACUGAAUCUUCUCCGUCUCAGAGCAGCACCAGCAAGAGUAUAUAGCAAUGGCCAAUUACAUUCACGUCCCAGAAGGCGCGCCUUUGGUUCCUAAAUUAGACGUGACUCUAGACGAGCACGAUUACAGAGCCGGAGCGCUGAAACUCAUCAAAACGUUGAGACCUCACUGGAAACCUUCGGAGGUCAAAAUGAAGUCUUUCACCGACGGUAUCACAAACAAGCUGAUUGGCUGUUACGUCGGCGGGGCCAUGCAGGACGUGGUCCUGGUUCGGGUCUACGGGAACAAGACAGAACUGUUUGUGGACCGUGAGAACGAAGUGAAGAGCUUCCGUGUCCUGCAGGCGCACCGAUGUGCUCCACGCCUCUACUGCACCUUCAACAACGGCCUGUGCUAUGAGUUCCUACAGGGAGUGGCCCUGGAGCCCGAGCACAUCCGUAGCCCUGCCAUGUUCAGGCACAUUGCGAGGCAGAUGGCAAAGUACCAUGCCAUACAUGCCCACAACGGCUGGGUGCCCCAAUCAGACCUCUGGCUGAAGAUGAGCAAGUUCUUUUCUCUUGUUCCAACACACUUUGAAGACCCUGAGAUGGACCAGAGGCUGAACAGUGAGGUGCCCAGCACCGCGUGUCUUAGAGACGAGAUGAUCUGGCUUCAGCAGAACCUUUCUAAACUGGGUUCCCCAGUCGUUCUGUGUCACAACGAUCUGCUCUGUAAGAACAUCAUCUACAAACAACAGGAAGGAAAUGUCAAAUUCAUUGACUACGAAUAUGCUGGGUACAAUUAUCAAGCCUAUGAUAUUGGCAAUCACUUCAAUGAAUUUGCAGGUCUGAAUGAGGUGGACUACACCCUGUAUCCCGGGCGAGAGCUCCAGUUGCAAUGGCUCCAGGCCUAUCUGGAGGCCUACAAGGAGUACAAAUCCCAGGGCACACAGGUGUCCAACACUGAAGUGGAGGUGCUGUACGUGCAAGUCAACCGCUUCGCCUUGGCAUCUCAUUUCUUUUGGGGACUGUGGGCAUUAAUCCAGGCUCAGUACUCCACUAUCGACUUUGACUUCUUGGGAUAUGCAGUUCUCCGUUUCAACCAGUACUUCAAGAUGAAACCAGAGGUGAUGUCACUGCUCCUUCCAGAAUAAUCUCUCAGGUCAUGGCUUGUGCUACUCUCGAGAAGGGCUCCCCCUGGUGGACACAAGAACUAGCUGGAGACCUCUUCAAUUUGUAGACCGAACACUGCACUUACUUGUCUGAACACAUUAUAUUAGAUAAGCCCCAUCUCUGAACUCAAAGUUGGUUUAGCGUUGUAGAAAACCAAGCACUUAAGCCACCCUCCUCUCUUUAAUGUGGCGAUCAAGAGAGAGGGUCACCCCUGUGCCCUAGUCCAUUUUAGUGAUAUUGCCAAUAGAGGAAGCAAAAACUGACACACAGAUGGCUUACUCUGGAGCCUCCACUUGCCAAUGUAUGUGACGAGCGAGCCCUGGAGAAUUUCAAAUAAAGAAAAGCUCCCAGAUACCGGUCCUCCAAGGACAGGGAACCUCCCUCAACAACAAUUAUUAUCUGAAGUCAGAGAGGAGGGCUGCUGGGUCUGUUCCCAGCAACUAACUGUUCUCACCCUAAAGGUCAUUCCUGCUUGUUUACACACCUUUUAAUGAGAGAAAUCAGUGUACUGUAAGAUCAUGUAGGGUUUACUGUAUGGAUAGUCACUGAUUCGGUCUAAACGGGGAACUUCUGGCCUGUCUGUUCCUUUAAGUGUUGUUCCUGGCACAGCCGCGGUAAGAUGCGUAAUUCGGGGACCAAUAGAAGCUUCGUUGUUCGUUUCUGGCAGACGAUUCCUCCCCCCGUCCUGUCACUGUGAACCACUGUAUAGCGCAUUCAUAAAGUUCUUCAUUGUUUUCUCAGCGUGGUGCUUGAAGAAAGUAGCCAAGGCUACGACGAGCCUGUAGCUAAUCUGAAGCCCACACCAAAGUGCUGAUAUUUCUUGCUUGUACAUUACAGACAGUGUAUUUUUCCACAGUAGAAAUAACGUGGUAAUAUUUACGUCACAUGGUGGUUUUGUACUGAUUUAAGUGGCGCUGUUAAAGAGGUGGCUCUUUUUCUGGGAGGUAUCCGUGAACUUGUUGUAAUGGAUGUAUUUCCUGGAAGCCUUAAUGAUGGUAUCGCUUUCUGAAUGCACUACUAAAGCUUUUGUAUUCGUACUCCCCAUCCGCCUAGCUAACUGACAGGCCUUUUUGCACAAACUGACUGCUUUAAGAACAAAACCAGUCCUCAGAUCACCGUGCGAUGGGCCGCUCUUUCUGCUUUAGGACUAGUUUAACUGCACAUGGUGAGAGUAGAGAUAAUGCUUUAUUUAGCAGGGUCCCUCCACAAGCCGCUCCACACAGUAAUGGUGUAGUAGUUUAUUCAUAUUAAUCUGGACUUGAAAUGAACAAAAAUGCCCUAUAUAAAUAUAUCUAUUACCCCACUGUUCAAAAGUUUGGAGUCAAUGAGAUUUGAUUUGAUUGAUUUCUUUAUUUAUUUUAGAAAGACAUUAAUACUUUUAUUCCGUUCUCUCCUUUUUAUUCAUUAAAGAAUCCUGAAAGUAAAUCAGUUUCCACAAAAAUAUUUAGCAUCACAACUGGGUUUAACGUUUAUGUUAAGAAAUGUUUCCUGAGCACCACAUUAUUAUAUUAGACUGAUUUCUGAAGGAUCGUGUGACACUGAAGACUGGAGUAAUGGCUGCUGAAAAGUCAUGGUUAUGGUUUCUACAUUCUGAUCAAGUAAAUGUUGCCUUAGUGAGAUUGAAUCUUCUUUUAAAACUGUUAGAAAAUCUUCCUGACCCCAAACCUUUCAACAUUUGGUUUCAUAAUAUUUUGUUCUAGGCUGAUCUAGUGUUGUGUUUAGACACAAUGGUGACCACUCCAAUCAACCAAUUCAUUUAAAUUAUUUGACAAAAUAUCUUGGAGAGAAAAAAAAAUAGCCAUUAUGAAUAUAAAAAAAUGCCACUGAAAUCAAUUCCAGUUAGUUUCAGAUUAUGCUCAGGACACUUGAACAAUAUAGUGUAAAGUGUGACCAAGCUUUUUCUUUUUCUCCCAAAAUUUCUGGUGCAAACCUUAGCUCUGAGACUUGCCUUUGCACCGCCUGGCCACCCUCAUUUACCUCAGUUUCCUGUGUCAGUUUGCCUAUACUACAAACAACCAUGUAUAAUUCUGUAAAUACUAGAAACUGUGAAUUUCAGGUUGUUUUAUAGUAUUUUGAUGUAUGCUUCUUUUUCUAUGCCAGUUCUUUUGUAACGGUCAAGGUUGCACCUUGAUCAUGUUUUUGAACUGUCAAAGACCACACAGAAUGCUACAUUUUCCUUUUUUAUUUUAUUUAAUACACCAGAAAUGUUCAUCAAACAUCUAGUGGAAAAACUCACUCUUUUAACAGUCUAUAACUGAUUUGCACUCUUUAGCAUUUGUAGAAAACCGAAAAGUGAUGCAUGGUUCCACCUUUCAGGCAAUGAAGUGCUUCUGGUGAACAUCAAACGUAAAGGACUGCCUCAUGCAAGCAUCUACUGGCAGUUUUUAAUGUAGGUGUAUAUGUACAACUGUAAACAUACUGUAAAAGAAAAUCUUGGCUUAUUAUUAAACAAUGCCUGUUGUCAAUAACUAACCAGAGAUAGUCUUUUUCUAAGAAGAACUGUUUAAGUAGAUUUAAUAAUAAUCCGGGGAUUCAAUCCUGAAGUGUAGCAUAGAUUCUGUAACAAAUCUGAAUAGAAAUAAAAUUGAAUGAAAUUAAAAA